AUGUGCGGCUCUCUGCCACUCGUCGGCCUCGCUGCAGCGGUGGGCUGCGUCGUGGUUGCACGCAGCACUGUUCAGCGGCGGUACACCGGCAGCUACAACAUGGACCCGCGCAUGGCACGCGGAGAGCCCACCAAGAUGACGGAGGAGCAGAAGGCCGAGUGGCUGACGACGAAGACUGCUGAGCUUGAAGAACUCAUGCCCAUGACGGACAUCGAGUUCGAGGACAUGGUUUCAGAGCAGACGUGGCAGUGGGCCCGUCACUUGCUGCCCUUCCAGAACAGACGGCGACACGAAAUAGCCGAGUUCAAACGAAGAUGCAUUCUCAAGCAGCCUGAGCUCUUCAAGAAGCUGCGUUUGUGGCAUCCACUGGCCCUGAAAUACCCGACUGUCAUCCGGAGGUUUGAUAACCUCGGGCCAUCGGACAUCGAGAACCGCGAUUUGAUGAUCGAUGUGGAGAUGCUUGCCAACACAGAGAAGUGUGCCGGCUUCACGUACCGGGACAGUGCCCAAGCAGCUCUGGCCUACUGCUCCGCUUCCUUGGCCAAUCGAUCAAGCUCUGCUUGCCAUGGUCGCAGCUAUGGCUUCAGCAUAUGCAAUAGAUUCAAUAGAACGAGAGCAAGGAGCUUAGUCAGUUCUUUUUCAUCAAUACCCAACUUGUUCCAGCAAGCAUUGGCAGCUGUACUUCUUAUAGCUAGGAGUCACCCAUGCGGCUGCAUGUAA